CACUUUCCUAAUGUGCAAAUCUACUAGAGCGUAAAGAUCAAAUAAACAAUUAGGUUUUUUUUUCUCCUCCCCCUUUUCACAUUUCCUCUAUACUAGAUACUAGUAAGCGUCUGCUGUCCGCUGCAACAUAUUCCAUGGGUACAGACACUGCAAAUAAUCUCUUUGGCUACUCACAGAGCAAUAGUAAUAUUGCGCUACCCAAACUGAGAUUCGCUGCACGGCCACUGGUGAUGGUGUACAUAAACCUGUUCACGAGGAGGCCGAUACCUGUACUAUCCCACAUCCGCAUCCGACGGCAUUAUACUGUAUAAUAAGGGCAGCCGGAAAACAGGGAUCAGCCCUGGCCCGUCACCCGUACUCGGCCGAAAUCAUUAGAUAGAAAAACCAAAGACACAAAAAGACACACGCAACCCUGCCAGAGGUUCCACCCAAAGCCCAGAAUUUUUGGCUGAGUCGCUCGCUAUUACCUGAUACCAGUAACUCCAACCAUGUGAGUUUUCCGCAAAAACAACACGGAAAAGGCGGAUUAGCGCGCGCCACUCCACCCUCCUAGCAUUUUCAAGACCGUCGACUCGCAUAAGUAAGGGCUGUGCAGAGUUGGCCCGAACAAUGCCCCCCUGCAGAGGCUCGGAGCAGAUGCGGACAGAGUUGCCCACUCUACUCCAUACCUGGUCGAACGACACCCGACGUCUAGUACGGCCGUGCCACGUUAAUCAGCACAGUGAAGACUUCUAAUUCCGCCUC